UGACCUAAAAUCACACACUCCGAAGCACUGAUUUGAAACAAAAGAUUCAAAAGGUUUCGAAGCUUCAUGAAGCAGUGUUUCAAAAGUGAGAUGUUGUGCUACGUUACUGCAGUGUCUGAAUUCUGAAGGCAGAAUUUGAUAUUCAUUUUAAAAUAAGAAAAAUGAUGCACUUUUUGGUCUUUCUGCCAUUUGAUUGUUAGGUUUUGUCUCCGAUGAUUUGGCAUUUUAAACAAUUUAAUGUGUUCCUUUCAGAUGUGAUGGAAGUGAACACUGAGGAGAAGACUUUCACGUGUCAUCAGUGUGGAAAAAGUUUCACGUGUAAAAGUGACCUUAACACACACAUGAGAACUCACACCGGAGAAAAACCUCACACAUGUCUACAGUGUGGAAAGACUUUUACAAAUACAAGUCACCUUAAGAGACACAUGAGAAUUCACACCGGAGAAAAACUGUUUGCAUGCCAUCAGUGUGGAAAGACUUAUACUUCUGGUGGUUCUCUAAAGAUGCACAUGAGAAUUCACACUGGAGAGAAACCUCACACAUGUCUACAGUGUGGAAAGGCUUUUACUUCUGGUGGUUCUCUAAAGAGUCACAUGAGAAUUCACACUGGAGAGAAACCUCACGCAUGCCAUCAGUGUGGAAAGACUUUUUCUUUUGGCGGUCCUCUAAAGAUUCACAUGAGAAUUCACACCGGAGAGAAACCUCACGCAUGUCAACAGUGUGGAAAGACUUUUAUUUCUGGUGGUCCUCUAAAGAUUCACAUGAGAACUCACACCGGAGAGAAACCUCACGCAUGUCAACAGUGUGGAAAGACUUUUAUUUCUGGUGGUCCUCUAAAGAUUCACAUGAGAACUCACACUGGAGAAAAACCUCACGCAUGUCUACAGUGUGGAAAGACUUUUAUUUCUGGUGGUCCUCUAAAGAUUCACAUGAGAACUCACACUGGAGAGAAACCUCACGCAUGUCUACAGUGUGGAAAGACUUUUACAAUUAUAAGUAACCUUAAGACACACAUGAGAACUCACACCGGAGAGAAACCUUACGCAUGUCAACAGUGUGGAAAGAGUUUUACAAAUAAGAGUGACCUUAAGAUUCACAAGAGAAUUCACACUGGAGAGAAACCUCACGCAUGUCAACAUUGUGGAAAGAGUUUUACAAAUACGAGUGAACUUAAGAUUCAUAUGAGAAUUCACACUGGAGAGAAACCUCACGCAUGUCAACAUUGUGGAAAGAGUUUUACAAAUACGAGUGACCUUAAGAGACACAUGAGAAUUCACACUGGAGAGAAACCGUUUGUAUGCCAUCAGUGUGGAAAGAGUUUUACUUCUGGCGGUCAUCUUAAGAUUCACAUGCGAAUUCACACUGGAGAGAAACCGUUUGUAUGUCAACAGUGUGGAAAGAGUUUUACUUCUGGCGGUCAUCGUAAGAGACACAUGAGAAUUCACACCGGAGAAAAACCUCACACAUGUCAACAGUGUGGAAAGAGUUUUACUUCUGGCAGUCCUCUAAAGAUUCACAUGAUAAUUCACACCGGAGAGAAACCUCACGCAUGUCUUCAGUGUGGAAAGAGUUUUACAAAUAAAAGUAACCUUAAGAUGCACAUGAGAACUCACACUGGAGAGAAACCUCACGUAUGCCAUCAGUGUGGAAAGAGUUUUACAAAUACAAGUCACCUUAAGAUGCACAUGAGAGUUCACACAGGAGAGAAACCUCACGCAUGUCUACAGUGUGGAAAGAGUUUUAAUUUGCAAGGUACCCUAACCAGACACAUGAUGAUUCACUGGAGAGAGAACCUUCGUGUGUCAUCAGUGUAG